AUGUUUAGAGGAAGUAAAAACUGCAAAGAACGUGAAAAAAAGGAAGCUGUUCAUUACAGGCGUAUAAAGCGCUAUGAUAUUUUGACUAUAGGCGGCGAAGAAAGGCUAAUUGCACCGAUGAAGGAAGAGAAUGGAGAAAUCAAGUAUUAUGUCGACUUAUUCAACAUUCUCGAAGAAAUGUAUGUUGCUGUUGGACACGGUGGAAGGACAACGGAAUGUAACCGCAAGUAUAAAAACAUAACAGUUAAGGCUAUCAUGACGUAUUUGAAGCUAUGCCAACCUUAUCAAAAGAAACAGAAGACUUUGAAAAAGGGCAUUGUCAUCAAGCCUAUACUUCAUAGUGAAAUGAACUCACGUUGUCAAAUAGAUCUCAUAGACCUACAAACCAACCCUGACGGAAAUUAUAAAUUCAUAUUAGUUUACCAAGACCAUCUUACUAAAUUUGUGAUCCUUCGUGCACUUCGAACUAAACUCGCAGCAGAAGUUGCAUAUCAUCUCUUGGAUAUUUUCACCACUUUUGGAGCGCCGAGCAUCCUUUAUUCCGAUAAUUUUGUAACCAAAUAA